AUGGCUGAAUUAAAGUUGCGGUCGAGUGCUGCUACAUCUAUUUCGAAGCUUGUGAAGAAAUUGGAAGCUGGAGAGUUGGCAGAGCUAGAUCUAGCUAUGAAGCGUGCUACUUUGGACAAUUUAGGGAGCCAUUUCACAAGGUUUGUAGAUGCACACUUUUUGUUGGUGGGUAGAGCAAAGGAAACAGAGAUGGAAGCGCACUCCACUCUGUUCGAAGAGGUCGAGGACAAAUAUACAAAGGUGAAAGCCAUGCUGACAGCUGCAAUUGAUUUGGCUGUGCAGGAGCAGCAGGCAUCUGAAGCCAGUGUGGUGCGCUCGGUUCACGUUCAACAAGGUGAUCUGAAUGAUUUGCGUCUGGAAAAAAUUGUUAUCCCAGAAUUUAAUGGCGAAUUCAAUAAAUGGAUUGCGUUCCGAGACAUGUUUGAGGCAAUGGUCCACUCAAAAGAGCACCUUUCGACAGCUGCCAAAUAUACGAGGCUGAUGAGAGCACUAAACGGCUCAGCUGCUCAGGUGUUAGCUGGUUUUCUACCUACCGAUGACAAUUACGAAUCGGCAUGGCAGACGUUGAAGGCUCGGUAUGACAACGAUCGUCUGAUUGUGUCCGCCCAUUUGAGUAUAUUUCACAAUAUGGACUCUAUUGAGAAGGAGACAAAUACAGGCUUGCGUCGAGUGGUGGACAUAACGAACGAGACCACACGUUCAUUGGCAGCUAUGAAACGGCCUGUCGAGAAGUGGGAUGAUAUUCUAGUCCACAUUCUAGCUUCAAAACUUCCAAGGGCAACGAUUAUAAAUUGGGAAAUGCAGUUGAAAGGAACUGAACUUCCCAAAUUGGCAGAGUUACUAGUAUUCAUCGAAGGCAAAGCACGAGGUCUCGACCAUAUGGGAAGCGCUAUGAAUGAUAGAACGUAUAAUUCAGGCAAUAGCGUCAACAAACGAUUAUCAUCAACUCCUAAGGCGCAUGUGAGCACAGGCUCGGGCGGUGCUUCAAGGCUGACACGAACUAAUUUACCAUCUGCAGGUCAUGGUCAUUGUUACUAUUGCAAUGGUGAUCAUUACAUCGGACGCUGUCCGAAUUUGGAGGCGCUUUCAGCAGCAGAACGUUUUGGUAAGGUUAAAGAUUCUAAUCUUUGUUACAAUUGUCUCACUCCAGGUCAUGCGACGCGAGUGUGUCUUUCUAAACAUCGAUGUGGAAAAUGCCAGGGUAUGCAUCACACAAUUCUUUGUCGCACUGUGACAUCAAAUCAGUCGUUAUCCAAUAAGACUCCAACGGCUGGUGCUUCUACGGUGGCAUCUCCACCGCAGACUUUAGCAUGA